AUCUCUUUUGCUUGCGGAGCUUGAGAAGGAAGAGAAAGAGAAGGACUGGUAUUAUGCCCAGCUUCAGAACCUGACUAAAAGGAUUGAUAGUCUCCCCCUUACUGAAAAUUUCUCCUUGCAAACAGAUAUGACCAGAAGGCAGCUGGAGUAUGAGGCAAGGCAAAUCAGAGCUGCAAUGGAAGAACAACUAGGUACUUGUCAGGACAUGGAGAAGCGAGCACAGGCGAGAGUGGCGAGAAUUCAACAAAUAGAGAAGGACAUUCUUCGUAUAAGACAGCUCCUGCAAUCACAAGCAGCUGAAGCAGAGAGAGUACCUCAAAGCAAGCAUGAUGCAGGUUCCCAUGAUACAGAGAGGCAGAACGAAGGUCAAGGAGCAGCAGAAAACAGCAUGGCAACUACCAGUACUGGUCAGGGUUCUGCUGCUCGAAUGGACCACGAGACAGCCAGUGUUAUGAGCUCUAGUAAUAACUAUUCUGUUCCUCGCAGACUGACAAGUCAUCUGGGUACCAAGGUGGAAAUGGUGUAUUCAUUAUUAUCAAUGCUUGGUACUCAUGAUAAAGAUGACAUGUCAAGAACAUUGCUAGCAAUGUCUAGCUCCCAAGACAGCUGCAUAGCCAUGCGUCAGUCUGGAUGUCUUCCUCUCCUCAUCCAGCUUUUACAUGGCAACGAUAAAGACUCUGUCUUGUUAGGAAACUCUCGUGGUAGUAAAGAGGCCCGUGCCAGAGCCAGCGCAGCACUGCAUAACAUCAUUCACUCCCAGCCUGAUGAUAAGCGAGGCAGACGGGAAAUCCGUGUGCUCCAUCUUUUGGAGCAGAUCCGUGCUUACUGUGAAACGUGUUGGGAAUGGCAGGAAGCACAUGAGCAAGGCAUGGACCAAGACAAAAACCCAAUGCCUGCUCCAGUGGAUCACCAGAUCUGUCCCGCAGUGUGUGUUUUGAUGAAACUUUCAUUUGACGAAGAACACAGGCAUGCGAUGAAUGAGCUUGGAGGUUUGCAGGCCAUUGCUGAACUGUUGCAAGUGGAUUGUGAAAUGUAUGGACUUACAAAUGAUCACUAUAGUGUUACCUUAAGGAGGUAUGCUGGAAUGGCUCUGACAAACUUGACUUUUGGAGAUGUGGCAAACAAGGCUACAUUAUGUUCUAUGAAGGGCUGCAUGAGAGCUCUUGUAGCCCAACUGAAAUCUGAAAGUGAAGACUUACAGCAG